AUGCCCGUCAGCGACUUGCGAGGGACUCAGCCGACCGCGUCAGCGAUGUCCAGCGCAACACCUAUAUAUACCACACAGAUGACUGCAUCGGAAAUGCAGCGCCCGCCAAGCGAGAACAGUUCGAGCAAGCGGAGACACGCAGACAUGGUCCAACGAAACGCAGCACCGGUUAGCGCGACGACGACAGCAACGGCGACGGCUGACUCGGUGAGACCGUCUGGCGAGGGCGUGCGCGAGGGGAAACCUCAGCGUCGCCCUAGAGAACAGGAGUCGACCACUCAGACCACACAUCCAGCGGAUGAAGGGGUUGCGCCUCCGAUUAAGGACGACCCGAAUCAAAGCGAAACACACACGCUUCGUGAUCAGCUUGCAAAAGCCGAGGAGAAAUUACGGCAGUCCGACCACGCACUCGAAACGAGUCAGAAGAACGCCGCCAGGUUCCAGCGCACGGCAGAGGACGCACACCGGGAUUUGACGGCAGCUAGUAAAAGGAACGCGGAGCUGGAGUAUGCAUAUGAGCAACUCAACAGAGCUCUCGACCGUACGAAACAGGACCUGCAGGUAGCACGAGGGGAGGUUGACCACGCACGGAGAAAACAGCAGGCCCUCGAAGCAGAACUCUCGCAAAAGGAAUCCCUCCUUCGUUCUCGAACGGCAGAGUUGCGUUCAGCGGAAGCCUUCCUGACAACCGCGGCACCCGUGUCCGAGGACGAGGUGGUUCAGCAGGUGAAGGACCUCAACGCGGCAGUGCACGCUGCAGCAAACAGCAUGGUCGAGUCUUGGAGAUACGAACACCGGCCGCUUGAUCAAUCUUCACAUCCAAUCGCGGAACGGGUCGCGAGCCACUUGGGAGCGGACAUGGUACACAAAUUGAUCAACCUCGACCACUCGCAGGAUCCUACGGUUGUACAAUUGGCUCUGCAAGCAAUCUUGUUCGAUAUGUUGGAUUUCCUAAGUCGAGUUUGGCGUGCUGGUGCGGAAGAUCAAUAUGACCAUAUCUGCGGGCAGAUACAUCGAGGGUUGUAUCGCACUCAGCCGCAAGCGCUGUCUGGAAGAUGGCGCAGCCUCACGCACGAGCACAUCCGACAGGCCCGGUCCGAGCAGGAUACAGCAAAGAUCCUGGAUGUCGCCUCAGAGGGGGCAUGGACGAAGAUGACGGACGUUCUGGAGAUCUCCGGGGCCAUCCACCGUCCCGAGAGUCACAGGUUAGCCAUAGGGAAGAUACGUUCACUGGCAGACCUUGCCAUGGAUCUAGGGACCGUCUUCUCGGAGCGGAUGAUCGCAUGCGACUUCACACUCGUGAAUCCGAAGCCAGCCGAGUCGUUCGCCCCUACUCAUAUGGAUGCAAGCGGUGCAUCGGAGGGUGCUAUUUUAUGCACCAAUACGCUCGGCCUAAUUAAGACCAUUAACGUCGGGAAGUUAGGGGAGAAAAUCACGCGGAAGCAUGUACAGGCGUACCAAUUCUUGAAACCGCAGGUAGUACUUGUAUCGCAGGUCUAA